AUGUUUACGCUCCGUGGUUGCAAGGCACGCUUGGCCAACGCGAUCAACAAUUUGACGCGGCUGGUCAACUCGGCGAACUCCAAUUACCCAACCGUCUUCCAUUCGGACGCCCACCCGGCAGUACAGCUCCGCACCCUCCAGCGUCGAAUCGAGGACAUGGGAAACGCCAAGAUCUCCAUUGAAAUAGCAUUGGAGACAUUCCAACAGCGCCACGAACACGCCAUAAGCUUUAUCGAAAACCAACCAAACGCCAUAGAGCUUAUGGAUGCCUUUGACAUCUACUGGCGUGAUCACAAAGGUGACGAAAUGGAACCAACCGCAACCGCUACCAUCUUUGCCCUCGACGAUCUUAUCCGCAAGGAAACCGAACUUGCGGAUAUGCUUCGCACCACCAUAAGCGCAUCCACCACACCACAAUAUAACCCUACUAACACCACUAAUGAGCCGAUGGAUGUUACAUCCAUCACAAACCCUACCCUGACACCACCGCAUAUGUCCGGAGGCUCAUCACCACUAUACCCUGCUGCGGAUACCAUGAAUGUACAACUCCGCAAGGUAGAGCUGCCUACCUUUGAUAGGGAUUUCUCCACCUAUUAUGAUUUCUGGGCCAAAUUCAAGACCGCGGUCCACGACAAUCCAUCCCUAUCCACCGCUGCCAAAUUUAUCCAUCUUAGUAGCAGCCUUAAAGGUAGCGCCGCACUUGUUGUACAGGGGUACGACAUAACCGAUCCCUCCAAUUACCACCUAGUCAUUGAAGCCCUACGCAGACGGUAUGACCGUCCGCAGUUCACCCAUAAUUUCUUUUUACAGAAAUUAGAGAACUUGCCAGCGUCGUCUGCCGCCGCUUCAUCGCAGAGGGACACGUUAUGCCAGAUCCAAGCAUGUAUCCUGCAGCUCAACCGUUUCGAGGACACGUCAACAUCGCUAUCGCUCAAGAAGCUCAUACGCAGCAAAUUCCCACGAGAGACUCAGCUGGAAGUGAACAGGAUGGAACACCGGUCAGGUACGAUUUGGAAGAUGCAUGAGUUUCUUGCUGGUAUUGAUGUGUUUAUUCAAGAACUUGAGAAGCUUGACAAUAGCCACUGUCCUCCACUUAGCCACGAUCAACCCUAUUCCGCAUUAUCCACCACAUACCGCAACCGCUCACCAUCUCCAGAACCACUUUAUGAUCCGCAUAGAUGGAAUCGUCCCGUGAAAGAAGUUCAUCUCGCCAUUCCUCUGCAUCGUACGAUUAUCCCUAUUCACCAUCUAGUCGAUUUCAUCUAUUCACCAUAUAGGCGCCAUUAUCGCGACAGAGACUACCACCAUCAGUCUCAUCGCAACCAUUUUCCCUAUCGUCGAUCUGAACGUGAUUCAGAGCGAAUGCGCCACCGCAACCAACGCCGCCACUCACCGUCUCCAUCUUUACCACCUUACGGGGUCAGAUUUCGUGCUAAUCCGCGCGAUAGUCUCUCGCCCGUACGCCGCAGAAACCAUUCCAGCCCAGAAUCCAGUAGCCAUGUCGCCGACACGGACGACGAGAUGCAUAACGCUCUUGAUUGCCGUCCGGUCGACGACCCCACCACCCUUACCACUUCAUCCAACCACCAACGCCCUCUUCUUAUGACUGUUAAGGCUCACAUUCGCAACCCUAAGACGAAGACCCUUGAAACGGUCAACGUCAUGCUGGAUUCAGGAGCCCAGAACAGCUUCAUAAGUAACGCAGCCACUAAGCGCCUAUCCCUUAAACUCUACGACCACAAGCCGCUGACCGUCAUCGGAUUCGGAGGUCAUCGUUCGACCCAAGAAUCCGGCACAGUCGACGCCACCCUCUUAGAUGCCGCAAACAAACCAUUCCCCGUAACCCUACGAACUCAGGAAGUUCUAACUUCCCAGUUCAAACCAUAUCGUCUUAGUAAAGAAGACAAACACGCACUCCGCACAUUCCGCAUUAACAGCCUUACCAUCAGUCGCCACGUUACGACAGAUAUCCUGCUGGGUAUCGACUACUUCUGGGAGGUCCUGAAAAAGGAGUCACCGAAGCAGUUACCCUCAGGAUUGAUGCUCAACCAUCUAACCACAUCACCAUCUACACCACAUCGCUCUGAAGACGACAUCACCCGCCUAUGGGACCUCGGCCGUUUAGGCAUAACCGAAGAUCCCGAUCCCUCUGUCGACAAGGAAGAGGACACACGGAUCCUGGAACGUUUUCAGGAUACCGCCCAGGUAAUUGACGGCUACUUGCACGUUCAAUUCCCCUGGAAGUCAUCCCACCCUCGCCUUGCCGACAACAAAAUGUUAGCCUUUAAGCGUCUUCAGAGCCAGUACCGUUCGUUCCAAACCAAACCUACCCUUUGGAAAACAUAUACCGCAACCUUUACCGACUACCUGGAGCAGGGCAUAAUAGAGGAGGUCGACGAGCACCAGUUCGACGACCACAGAGUCUAUUAUAUACCACAUCAGGCAUUCAUAAAGGAAACAUCGGCCACCACUAAAUUGAGAGUCGUGUUUGAUGCGUCCUCCCACUACAGAGGCGCACCGAGCUUAAACGACUGUCUCCACUCUGGCCCCGCAAUCCUACCAGACAUGGUAGGAAUCCUCCUCCGUAGCCGCUCAACACCAUAUCUCCUUAUUGCCGACGUAGAGAAGGCUUUCCUUCAGAUUCGUCUACAACGUAAUCAACGGGAUGCCACUCGUUUCCUUUGGCUUCGCAACCCUAACCUACCACCAACUGCGGAUAAUCUUCGGAUCUUCCGGUUUACCCGCGUACCAUUCGGUAUAACCGCAUCACCAUUCCUUUUAGCCGCAUCCAUACUGUAUUACCUCCAUCUUGAACCAUCGAAGCCACUCCAUAAGGAGAUCGAGGACAACAUCUACGUCGACAACAUACUUCUUAGUGCCUCGUCGGAACGACAAGCCAUUAAGAAGUACCGCUCUUCCAAAUUCCUAUUCAACUCCAUGCACAUGAACCUUCGAGAGUUCUUGUGCAACUCCAACACCGUAAACCAGUCCAUAGAGCCAUCUGAUCGAGUCAGGAAUCCAUCAUCCGUGAAGCUCCUUGGUAUUCCCUGGAAUUCACGCACCGACACCCUUCUCAUACCACUUAAAACCGUAUCCGCGAAUGUGUACUCGAAGCGCACAGCGCUCACUGCAUCUGACUGUGCAACUCGUGGACUUUCGACCGCUGACGCUGUCUGGUGGCAUGGACCAUCUUUCCUUUGUUCUCCACAGUCGGAUUGGCCUAAGGCCGAUACGGACUUUGCCCUACCUCAGGAUCUUUGUCCUGAGGCGGAGCACGAGUUUCAGGCCCUUAGUGUCCUUCCGACACAACCAUAUGAAUCACCACUUCGCUUCCGUGCCACUAGUAGUUAUAUUAAGCUCAUCUGCUCAACCGCGUAUGUGCUUAAGUUCAUCAAAGCCCUAUUCCAAAAAACCCGCAUCCGCAAUUACACCCUCAACCUAGCCACUGUUGUACUGUCCAAGGACGUUUCAGCCUCGGAGAUCACCAACGCGGAAACUCUCCUCAUCAUGGAGCAUUACCGCGAGAGUGAAUCCACGUUGAAACGACUACCAUUGGAUAAGUACAACGCUCACCGCGCUGCAGAUGGAUUGAUCCUAUGUCCGAAUCGAUUAGACCAUGCUCGGACUUCGUUUCAGUCAUCUGCACCAAUCCUUCUUAUUCCGGAGCACCACUUUGUCCAUCUUCUCGUUAUGUACCACCACAAGACCAGGUUCCAUUCAGGUGUUCAUGCCACAAUAGCCGCUUUCCGCACAUCAUAUUUUAUCCCUUCCAUCAAAACCACCAUCACCAGAAUCCUUCGGCUCUGCACAGUAUGUAGAAGAGCCCAAGGACACGCUUACCGCUAUCCUGAGAUGCCUAGUCUCCCUCCGGAACGAGUCAACCGCUCUAGACCGUUCCAGAAGGUUGGACUAGACUACUUAGGACCACUUUAUUAUAGAGAUCAGCUCCAUUCUCAGGCCAAGAUUUGGAUCUGUCUCUUCACCUGCAUGGCAACCCGCACUGUACAUCUCGAGUUAGUCCACAACAACACCGCAUUCGAGUUUUUACUCGCCUUUCGCCGUUUCAUUGCUCGCAGAGGUACUCCGGACCUCAUUAUCAGCGACAAUGCCACCACUUUCCGCUCAGCUAACGACUCCCUACAAAGCACCAUCUAUAACCGCAAAGCCAUAGAAAAGAUAUCCACUCAACUCGCCAACCGCAAGAUCGAGUGGAGGUUCAUCACUCCUUUUUCCCCAUGGAAAGGAGGAUUUUAUGAACGUCUAGUCGGUCUCUUCAAAUCCGCAUUCAAAAAAGCCAUCAAACAUACCCUAUUACCACUCUCCCAAUUCCAGACCCUGGUUGCAGAAAUUGAAGCAGUGCUCAACUCCAGACCACUUUUAUCCAUCAGUGACACAUCAUCUCCACCACACGUCCUUCGACCAAUAGAUUUCGUCUCACCGCAAGUGGAACUCCAAUUACCAUCUCCGUACCACAACCCUCUUUACAUCCCUCCAAGCCGUCUUUCCGAAUGGUACAAGGAGACACUCGCCGUAUUGAACAACUUCUGGGAAAUCUGUCCACUCAUUCCAUCGGUAGGAGACGAUAAGAAUGUUCCACGUGGACAAUGGCCUUUAGCCAUCAUAACCACUAUCCACCGCACUAAAUCCAACAUACGCAGAUCAGCCACUCUCCGCAUUGCAAACGGUCAUGAAUUGCAGAGAUCGAUCAAUCAACUACAUCCAUUGGAGAUUUCUGCAAAGGAAGACCCACGACCGAAGAAGAGCCGCCAACAACUGCAACCCUUACGGAUCCAAUCGCCACGAGCAGCCAAACGGGUACGAUUCGCACUUGGUACCAAGCGAGCGUGA